GUAUAGCUCUUUUCUACCUUCAAUGUACUCAAAGCGCUUUGACACUACUUCCACAUUCACACACUGAUGGAGGGAGCUGCCAUGCAAGGCGCUAACCAGCACCCAUCAGGAGCAAGGGUGAAGUGUCUUGCUCAGGACACAACGGACGUGACGAGGUUGGUACUAGGUGGGAAUUGAACCAGGGACGCUCGGGUUGCGCACAGCCACUCUCCCACUGUGACGAUUAACGAUUAUUGUUCAUGUCCUCCAUUAAAGUUGGAACAUUGUGAAAGUGCACAUAAGAUCAAAGUAUAAAAAAAAUAACACUUACCUGUUUUCAACUUCGGCGGGUUCAUAAGAGUUUGUUUCCUUCUUGACUUUUACUUCUGACAUCUUAAAUGUGUCCAGGCUGGUGAUUAUAGUGAGAGAAGACUGUCAUUUAUAUUCUUCUUUGUGAUGAUUGUAGUGAUAGAUGACUGUCAUUUAUAUUCUUCUUUGUGAUGAUUGUAGUGAUAGAUGGAUGUCAUUUAUAUUCUUCUUUCUUAGCUUGUUAGCUAUUUAGCUUGCUAGCGAGACUGCCAUGCGUCACCUCCGGGUCCUGAAAAGCUAUGAGGACGUUCAAAAUAUUGCCUGAUGGGAAACACUCAUUUCCAUCAUUAUGGCCAAAAUCUGUCAACAAUGAUAUUAGGCGUUGUUUAAUUGAUCUUUGAGAAAAUGUGCAGGGUAAAAAUAAGUAUAAGUCACUGAAAAUUUAUAAAAAAACAAGAAAGCCCUCAGUGUCGCGCAGGCCGGCGGACAAUAGCGUGCUCUUUUGGUCCUCUCCAAGCUCCGCCCGCCGUCGUGCAAGAUGGUGGGGAAAAACAAGCGCAAACUACACUGGUUACCAUGGUGACACAAACACAAACCCACACAGGAUCGUCUGAAGUAUAUAACAACUCGCUCGACUCAAACACAUGUCAUCAUGACAGCAGGGGCAGUGGCGGCGCCGCGCAUCAUUCCCAUCAUGCAUCUGGACAGACUACGGGCAAAAAAUCACAUUGACACCAGUACACAUGUGUGCAUUCAGUCAGACACGCGAGACACGCAGGUCUUCUUCACGCUGGACGGCUCCAAGCCGCUCAGAGACCACGGGGGGUCAGGAAGAGUCAGUGGGCGGUACUGCGAGCCCUUCCUGCUGCCCGCCGGCCGCAUCUGCAUCCGCGCCCUGGCCGCCACCAGCGACGGCCGAGAGAGCGCCACCGUGACCAAAGUCUUCCUGGUCCAGCAGGAUGAGAAGGCGGAGCCAAGCAGACUUUCAUCUUACCUGCAGGAAGCCUGGCAUCAGCAGCACUCUGCAGGAUCCAAGGUGGCCGCCUCCGCUCCACGUUUCCUCAGAAGUCGUCAGGCUGCGCCCGCCGCCACACCAACUGCUUCGCCAAACCCCCAGUCUCAGCGUGCAGGUGUGCUGCAGCAGACCAGACGCACGCAAAGACAAGCUGACUUCCUGCGGUGUGCACGCUGUGUCACCUUACCACCCUCACACCCCUUGCCCACAUUCUCUACUCAGUGUGGCGUCACGCUGCCCCCUGCUGGAGGAGGACAGUUGGUGUGUUGUGUGUCAUGUAACACCCAAGUUCCUGUCAACACACCUUUUUGUUUGAUAUGCCACGCCUCCAUCAAGCAGCAGCUUCUCCAGCAGUCCAGCCUGCAGGAUCAUGUUGUGUGUUCAUGUUGUGGACAAAGGAAUCCAGCAGACAUGUCAAAGUGUUUGACGUGUGAGACAGAACUACACACGGAUCAUGUUGUGUGUUCACAUUGUGGACAAAGGAAUCCAGCAGACAUGUCAAAGUGUUUGACGUGUGAGACGGAACUACACACGUCAGCGUUGGAGACAUAUGUCGGCCCCCCAGUCCCAUCGACACACAACAGGAAGUUAACUUGCUCCAAAUGUAAACGACUGAACAACGAUGAUGCUCGUUACUGUGACUGGUGUGGCUGCAAGGUGCAGUGUGUCAGGAGUGUGUUGUGUGAUGGGUGUGGCACUAAUGGCGGCACACACCACACCUGCGCUUCUCCCUUGACUUCCUGUGAUGACCUCUUACAACCUGCAGCUCAUCAGUUAGGCCCGCCCACUAGAGCACAGCACACACAGACGAUAGGACUACAUUACCCAUCAGCCACUGCACUGGGCAAAAAGCAGCAGAGUGUCAGCAAACAAACACUUACUGCUAUCAGCCCAGGAAGAGGAUACUGGAGGAGGCAGCUGGAUCACGUGUGUGCUCACCUGAGGAGUUUUGCACAGAACAACGCCCCCUUCAGGACUCUGCUGGGAGAGCCCCGCCUUGGCAGGAUGGUUUCGGCGGUGCUUGAAGAAGACGCCCACGAGGUCAGUGUGACCAUCAGCUUCAUGGCGGCCUCACAGGAAGUCAGACAGGAAGUCAGGCGUGUGAGCUCCACCACCUUGAGCAGCGUGACAGAGAAGGGUGGAAGUGGAAAGAAAAGCAGUGUGAAGCAGGUGGGGGACAGUCUGCUGCAGGAAGUGGGUCCAGCACGUGGCCACCAGCUCCUGGAUCAGGGGGCGGACCCACACAGCUGCGGGAGCGUCCUGGCCACUAGCGCCGCCCGUCACCAAGCACUUCCUGUGUUGGCAGAUCAGCCAUCUGGAGCGGUGAAGACCACGGCGCUGCACGAGGCCGCCACUCUGGCUUCUGCUCAGCUGUAAGGUGGCCACCAACCUGGCAAACAAAGAUGGCGUACAACGCGGCCGGCCGGCUGCGACGCCAUCACGUCUCUGGACCCCGCCUCCUCUGGGCACACGUUGCCAUGACGACCAAAAGAUUGACUCAAAGCACACACUUCUUAUCUCAUCUUUAUUGUUCAAAGAACACCCGACUUACUCAGCGGCGCAGGCGUAGAAAAAAGGCGUGGCGACACUCGGCGCUGUCCAGCGGGUAGUACUUGUCGUAAAAGUCCAAGAUGUACUCCUCGGCCUUGAAGCCAAACUUCUGGUAGAGCAACAUGGCGGCGUUGCUGGCGGACACGUGCAGCGUCACGUCCUUGCCCAUGCAGGUCUGAAAGUAACCACGCCCGUCAGCAGCAGCAAGACAAGAGGUGCACGCUGAGGCGCUCACCUGGAUGAGGUGGUAGAUGAUGAAGGUGCCGAUGCCUGCUCGCCGCCACUCGGGGUGCACCAGCAGGAAGGAGAUGUAGGCCUGGUUGUACUUGACGUCCGGCACCAUGAAGCCGAAGCCCACCACCACCUUCUUGUAGAGGACCACCACGCUGAAGUCCGGGUACUGCAGGCACUCCGACAGGUCGGCUCCUGCGCACAGGGCAAAGGGCCUGCUGCUGGCGGCCUGCUGCUGGUGGCGUGCUGCCGGGGUCAUGCUCACCUGGCCAGAAGUGCGUGUGACACAUGGCGUUGACGGCGGGGAUGUGGUCGGGACGCACGUAGCAGUAGUCGAUGGGGGCGUCGGCUUCAGGGGGGCUGUCCUUCCUGCGCGCUCGGAUCUCGGCCAGCAGCCUCAUCUUCAGCGGCCGACUCUCGUAGUCGCGCCUACAAGUUGGGGUCAGCGGUCAGGGGCGGACCGUUACCUGCUGGGAGCCACUCACCUGAUGUAGGGUUUGAGGAGGCGGGAUGUGUAAGGGCUCCUGAUGCUUUGUUCCAAAGCGCCAGCUGCUCCCAUCAGUCGAUAGCAGAAGGACACCUGCGGCGCAGGUAAGCCCCUCCCAGUGGACCCCUUCACCUGUAAAAACAGGUGGCCAUUGUGUCUCUACACCAGCACUUCCUGUCACAUGGUAUUUACCUGAAAGCGGUCUAGGACCCGCAGCUCCUGGCUGUUGGUGGCAAAUUGACCGCCGCCCACCUCCACAGCUCUGUAGACUCCUCCCACCAGGCUGAGGGCGGAGCUGACGGCCCGGUCGAUGUCCAACAGGGGGAGCCCUCGCUGCCUCUUGACCUGGCGGAGAAGCAGCUUGCGGCAGAGGCGUUUGGCCUGCGGCGUGACAGCCAGCGCCAAAGGGCAGGUGUCCAAACGCCGCCGGAGCAUCCUCUCCUCGUAUAGGCUGAAGGGCGAGUAGAGGGAGCUGCGGGGGGCGCCGCCAACAUCACUCCUCUCGCAAUGCUCUGCCCUCCUCCGAUGGGUCCUAUCGACAACGCCGCUGGAAAAAGGCGGGCUCACGGGUUCCUCCUCACGCUCGUCCUCGCUGUCCGCUUCACGCUUGAUGUGAUGCGCCGCUGGGCGGAGUUUCUUGCGGCCAAUGAGAAUGGUGGCAGGAGGAGGGGUGUCCUCCAUCCCUGGGUCGAUCAUCCCGUCCGCCUCCAUCUCCUCGUCGUCUGAAAACAGCCAAAGUGGGUGUGGCCUGCACGUCACGUGACUUGUCAACUCACCAUGGAAAAGCGCCUGAGGUGGCAUGGCGUCCGGGAUGAGGUCCGCCUCGGACAGCAGACUGGGUGUGGCCGAGUGGGAGGCCGGCGUCCCGGGGGCGGAGAAGUCCAGUGAAGGUGACGGCGAAGGACUGGUCAGCGGCGUUCUAUCUGAAGAGCUGAGGGAGGAGAAGUCCACCACCUCGCCUUUCUCCAGGACGCGCCCCGCGCCCACCUUGACUGGCGUGCCCGCCUCCUUCUGAGCACGUCGGAUGUCUUUGGCCUCCUGAGUCCGCGAGCGCUUCUCCUUCAGCUGCAUGGCGCUCUCCACCGGGUUCCUGGCGCCACGCUUCCUCAGACCCUCCACCGUGAUGAUGGGUUCCACCGCCGCUUUGGACGCUGUGGACAAGCAAGAUGAGCCGGAAGUGGACCGCAGCGCCGCUGUGAGCAGCCUCACCUUUGACCUUCGGGCGAGACUUGUCGCUGUCUGGCCGCAGGGUCGGAGGUCGGUUGUGGACCAACUUCCACCAACCCGGCUCGCUGAACUCCUGCGCCCCUGAGCGGAAGAAGGUGGGACUACCGACCGACAGACAGCCGGCCACUGUGCUCCACCACGUGGACGUCUUCUUCCUGCCGGGCGACAACACGUCAGUCGGCCGUUGCAGGAGCACACCUGACAGGAAGUCACCUGCAUCCCAGGAGGAAGUUCCAGUGUCGGCCGAUGAAGGCGCAGAUGUCCUCCUUCCAGCGGAAGUAGCCUUGGCGCCCGCUGCCCUCCAGGGACAGAUUGUACAUGGCCAGCAUGACCACCUGAGGAAUACAGGCUUUAGCAAGUCUGAGAGUCCUACUCCAGUCCUGGUCUAGUCCCAGUCCAGAUUGUACAUGGCCAGCAUGACCACCUGAGGAACACAGGCUUUAGCAAGUCUGACUGCCAGAGUCCGAGUCCAGUCCUGGUCUAGUCCCAGUCCAGAUUGUACAUGGCCAGCAUGACCACCUGAGGAACACAGGCUUUAGCAAGUCUGAGAGUCCUAGUCCAGUCCUGGUCUAGUCCCAGUCCAGAUUUUACAUGGCCAGCAUGACCACCUGAGGAACACAGGUUUUAGCAAGUCUGAAAGUGCUAGUCCAGUCAUGGUCUAGUCCCAGUCCAGAUUUUACAUGGCCAGCAUGACCACCUGAGGAACACAGGUUUUAGCAAGUCUGAGAGUCCUAGUCCAGUCCUGGUCUAGUCCUAGUCCAGAUUGUACAUGGCCAGCAUGACCACCUGAGGAACACAGGUUUUAGCAAGUCUGAGAGUCCUAGUCCAGUCCUGGUCUAGUCCCAGUCCAGAUUGUACAUGGCCAGCAUGACCACCUGAGGAACACAGGCUUUAGCAAGUCUGAGAGUCCUAGUCCAGUCCUGGUCUAGUCCCAGUCCAGAUUGUACAUGGCCAGCAUGACCACCUGAGGAACACAGCAAGUCUGAAAGUCCUAGUCCAGUCAUGGUCUAGUCCCAGUCCAGAUUUUACAUGGCCAGCAUGACCACCUGAGGAACACAGGUUUUAGCAAGUCUGAGAGUCCUAGUCCAGUCCUGGUCUAGUCCCAGUCCAGAUUGUACAUGGCCAGGAUGACCACCUGAGGAACACAGGCUUUAGCAAGUCUGAGAGUCCUAGUCCAGUCCUGGUCUAGUCCCAGUCCAGAUUGUACGUGGCCUGCAUGACCACCUGAGGAACAUGGGUUUUAGCAAGUCUGAGAGUCCUAGUCCAGUCCUGGUCUAGUCCCAGUCCAGAUUGUACGUGGCCUGCAUGACCACCUGAGGAACAUGGGUUUUAGCAAGUCUGAGAGUCCUAGUCCUGUCCUGGUCUAGUCUUCAUGUCACCUGCUGCCAGGUGAGGCGCAUCCUCUCGAAGCUCUCCUUGCCGUCAUCAGAGCAGUCGUAACACACAAACUUGAAGAAGUUGUCUCCUUUAAGGUAGCUGGGCUGGUCGCCAUGGAGACGAGCUGGAGGAAACCAGGAACAGACAUUGAAUGACAAUGUCAAUCAUGCCAGGCUAAUUGAACUAAACCAUGCUAACUUCAUUUUGCUAAGGCUCAUUUAACAAAACUAAUGCUAACUAAGUUUUCAUACGGGAAUUUAAUGCUAACUAUCUUUUUUUUUACUAAAAAAAGCUAACUUAGUUUUGUUUAGACCAGGAGUGUCAAAGUCAUUAUAGAUGGGGGGCCACAUCUACUCCCAAGUGGGCUGCACUGGUAAAAUCACGGCACGAUAACUUCAAAAUAAAGACAACUUCAGCUUGUUUUCUUUGUUUCAAAAUAAAACAAGCACACCGUGAAAAUGUACUUAUCAUAAUGUUGUUGGUUUUCUUUUACACUUACAUGUUGCGGUUAAUAGUAUUCAAUCUUUCCUUGUCUUUAUUUAUAUUUGCUGAAUAAAUGAUGUGAUAAUGUUCAUCAGUCAACUUACUGCUGUGUUCAUUUUCAGUUUCUCAAGAUACAAAAAUGAUAUCAAAAUGUAAUGACAAGAUGUUAUUCAUGUAGUUUGCUCAUUUUCCUGGACUGCUUACUAACAUCAUGUGCUUUAUUUUGUAUAGAUGUAGCUUCAUCUGCCAGGAUACCAAGAAUUGCUAUUGCGACAUCCAGUGGACACUUUGAGAACAGCAGUUUCUUUCAUUCAAAAAUUUCUGCUUCAUUUUUAUAGUUAGCAAACUCAUUCCACAGGCUGGUUAAAACCUGUUGGCCGGCCUGAUCCGGCCCUCGGCUCGUACGUUUGACAUCCCUGCUUUAGACUAAUUCAACUUUAACUAAAUCAGUUUUGUAUAGACUCAUUUAACCAAUGCUAUCUUUGUCUGAUUUUAACUAAUUUCACUAACUCCAACUUGGUUUGAUUAAAACUAAUUUCACCAUG